GACAUAGCAAAAAAAUAAAUAAAUAAACAAAAUAAAUAAUAAAUGUUAUGAAAAAAAAAACAAAAAACAUACCCUAGGCAUAACCAACAGGUAACAUAUGCAAUGACCCCCAUUAGCGCCACCCUCCGCUUUCGCGAGGCAACUCAGUCUCAGUCCCAUCGUGGGGCAUACCUCCACGCGAACGGCGAGCAGAAGGGAGUGCAGCACGGGUGGGAGAAGGUCCCCCCCCAGUGAGCGUAACGGGCAAAAGGACGUCCCUCGAAUGGUGCAGGUAGAGUAGCCUUAACAGAGGAGCAGUACCCCCCACGAGAGCGCGACAAAGCGGAAUGUAGGAACAACACCUGGGGGAGCGAAGCGAAAUGGUCCGCUCGGGGAAGGCAGAUUUGCAGCCACUCAGGAGAGUCACACGGAAGUCAGGAGAGUCAAACAGCCAUUCAGCAGAAUCACACAGCUAGUCGUUAAAAGGGUAAAAAAAAAAAAAGCAAAUCCAAAUAGCUAGCUGCCCCAACUGCUCCCACAUCGAGGUGCCUCUUUAGAAUGAAAUUUCCACGUGGCCCAGUUUGUCCGUCGUGCCAAGCAGGGAAGAAGGGGAAAGGCACAGAGCGGCCAAGUGGCAGGCAAAGGAGAUCCACCCGGUCCACCGCCAACCCGGUCAAGCGUUAACACUCCGAAGGGAGAUCAACCCGGUCCACCGGCAACCCAGCCAACCCCGCCGCUACUCACCGCUACUGGGCGCUACCCCCUCCACCAUGGACAGCGACUUCGUCGACGCGGAAUUCGUGCACGGCAAAGAGAUAGAAAAGAUAAAAAAGAAAAAGGAAGCAAUUCUGGACUGCCUCAAAAGUGUGGAGGACCCGGAUUUAAAAAAGAACAUCGUCGAGCUGAAUUUUGUGCGAAACUUAAGAAUUAGGGAAGCGGAGAGUGGGAAGUAUACCGUCGAGUUUGACCUGAACCUGACGACCCCUGCCUGCCCGGUGAAGGACGAGCUGUUGGCGGAGUGCCAGCAGAGGUUGGCCACCCACGAAUGGAUAGAGCAAACGAACAUUAACACUACGUUUGUGAGCUUCAAUCGACAGGGUGAAGAACAAACGAGGGAGAAAAAAAAAAAAAAAAAAAUUGAAAAUGUGAUUGUUGUGUACAGCUGCAAAGGGGGGGUUGGGAAGUCCUUCUUUUCGGUUAACUUUUCCUUUUACUUAAAAAAGAAGGGGGCAUCUGUGGGGCUGCUGGACGCGGACAUUAACGGGCCCAGCCUCCCGACGUUGCUCCCAUUUGGGCACCAAUAUGCCAGGUUUAAGAGCGUCCCUCGGGGGAGCGGCAAGAUAUUUUACGAGGGGGAGCCGGGGAAGCGCGAAGCUUCUGUCAAGUUGGUGGGGAGCGGCGAGUGGCAGGGUGACGAAGUCAGCGGCUGCGACGCGGAUGGACGCUCUGUGCACAUCGGCGACGGCUUUCAAGAGGACCGCCUUCAAGAGGACCGCCUUCAAGAGGACCGCCUUCGAGAGGACCCCCUUCAAGAGGACCUCCUGAUCGAGCCGCUCCUCCACCGCGGGGUGAAGCUCAUGUCCUACGCGUACAUAAAGAACCAGAAGAACCUCGGGUUCGCGUCCUUCAGGGGUCCCAUCCUAAACGAGUUAAUAAAAGAGUUUAUAAACCAAGUGGACUGGGGGGUCCUGGACUACCUAAUCAUUGAUCUUCCCCCGGGGACAAACGACAUACAUUUAAAUCUGUUUGACUCAGAAGAGAUCGAUGGAGUGGUCAUGGUAACGACUCCAAACGAUCUCUCCAUAAAUGAUGUGAAGAAGGGGAUAAGCAUGUGCACCCAUUUUAACGUGCCAAUUGUAGGCCUUAUAAUAAAUAUGAAUUCCUUCAUCUGUGAUGGGUGUGAAAAGAGACAUUUGCUGUUCAACAACUGUAACGUGGAGGAGCUAAAAGGGGAAUUUAAUAAUGUAUACGAAAUGCCCUUUCAUCCUUUACUCUCCAAAAAUGUGUACUCUGAUGAGCAAACGGGGGAAAGGAACUUCCCCUUUAUCAUCUCCUUUGGGGAUGAUCAUCAGCUGGUUCAGCUGCUGGAGAAGGUCUUCCAAAGUUUAACUCGCGAAAUGGCUAUGAUAAAAUUCCAGCACAAGUUAAAUUUGCCCUCCAUUCAGAUUUAUAAAAAGAAAUUUCUGCAAUUAUCUUUCGACUCGAUUGAUAGCAAAUUUGUUUUUUCUGAUGACGUGUUGGUUUGUCAUGUGAGGGAUGUUCGUCUUGGAUGUCCUUGUGAUCUCUGCAGGGGUGUGGAAAAAAAAAAAAAAAAAAAAAAAAAAAAAAUGCAAAAUGGUAAUAAUUUAUAUGUGAAGGAAAUUGUUAAGCUGGGCAUUUACAACGUUAAGAUUGUCUGGUCUGAUUUGCAUGUCUCGGUUUAUUCUUACUCCCAUUUGAAGAACCUUUUUCUCGGCGCGCGCCUCCCUGGGGGGAACUCUCUCUGCAGGGCGGGCCGCGGCGACUCCUUCGAGUGGUAA